AUGACACAUAAAACCACCUUUGCCACCUUUGCCAUUCACCCGGAUGCAACUCCUGAGGAAUACCUAGCACGAAUGGCAGAAAUCCAGGCCAAAAGGGACCGCCUUAUUGAAGAACUUGUACGAUUGGAACGGCGCAUGGAUCGUCAAUUAGCAGAGAAGAAACAGAUUGACCAACACAUAAGAGAUUUUGACGUGGGAUACAAGAAGGUGGUUAGCGAAGAGCAUUUUCGACGAUACCGAGAGAUAGCCGAUCGAGGAGACGAAGCAGCUCUGAUAAAGUUCUUUGAAGAUUCGAUCCGUGCACGGGAAGCACGCAUGUCUCGGCGACAGGCCCACCAAUGA